AUGUCCAGAUCAGGCCCAGCCAUGGCAUCACUGGAGCCAGGCCUCACCGGGUCCCUGAACCAGGGCCAAGCCCAGACUUAUGGCACCGUUGGGAGCCCUGUGCCCCUGCAGCACCCUGGCACCCGGGAUCAGACCUACCUGGAUGAACUCAUCAGCAUCCCCAAGGGCGGCGGGCCCGGUUUCAGCUUUAGGAAACUCUGGGCUUUCACUGGUCCCGGCUUCCUCAUGAGCAUCGCCUACCUGGACCCGGGCAACGUGGAGUCGGACCUGCAGUGCGGGGCAGUGGCGGGGUUCAAGCUGCUGUGGGUGCUGCUGUGGGCCACCGUCCUGGGGCUGCUGUGCCAGCGCCUGGCCAUCCGGCUGGGUGUGGUGACGGGGAAGGACCUGGGUGAGAUUUGCUACCUCUACUACCCCAAGGUGCCCCGCGUGCUGCUCUGGCUCAUGAUCGAGAUUGCCAUCAUCGGCUCUGACAUGCAGGAGGUGAUCGGGACAGCCAUCGCCUUCAGCCUGCUCUCAGCCGGCCGCAUCCCCCUCUGGGGUGGGGUCCUCAUCACCAUCGUGGACACCCUCUUCUUCCUCUUCCUUGACAAGUACGGGCUCCGCAAACUGGAGGCUUUCUUCGGCCUUCUCAUCACCAUCAUGGCCUUGACCUUCGGCUAUGAGUACGUGGUGGUGAGGCCGGGGCAGGUGGAGGUGCUGAAGGGCAUUUUCCUGCCCUACUGCCCGGGCUGCGGGCGAGAGGAGCUGCUCCAGGCCGUGGGCAUCGUUGGCGCCAUUAUUAUGCCCCAUAACAUCUUCCUCCACUCCUCCUUGGUCAAGACACGGGAGAUCGACCGGUCCAAGAAGGAGGCGGUGCGGGAGGCCAACAUGUAUUUCCUGACCGAGUCCUGCGUGGCCCUCUUUGUCUCCUUCCUCAUCAACCUCUUCGUCAUGGCUGUCUUCGGCGAGGCUUUCUACCGCCAGCGAAACGAAGAUGUACACAACAAGUGUGUCAACAGCAGCAUCAGCCAGUAUGCCAGCAUCUUCCCCAACAACAACGAGACGGUCUCUGUGGAUAUCUACCAGGGGGGUGUUAUCCUGGGAUGCUAUUUCGGGGCGGUGGCACUGUACAUCUGGGCCAUUGGGAUCCUCGCAGCAGGACAGAGCUCCACGAUGACCGGGACCUACGCAGGGCAGUUUGUCAUGGAGGGCUUCCUGCAGCUCCGCUGGUCCCGCUUCGCCCGGGUGGUCUUCACCCGCUCCUUCGCCAUCCUGCCCACCGUCUUUGUGGCCGCCUUCAAGGAUGUCAGCCACCUCACGGGCAUGAAUGACCUGCUCAACGUCCUGCAGAGCAUCUUGCUGCCCUUUGCCGUCCUGCCCGUCCUCACCUUCACCAGCCUGCGCCCGCUCAUGCAGGACUUCACCAACGGCCUCCUGGGGAAGGUGCUGAUGAUCCUCAUCACGGGGCUGGUCUGCGCCAUCAAUAUCUACUUCGUGGUGGACUUUCUGCCCACGCUGCGGGGCCUGGGGUACCACAUACCCCUGGGCCUGCUGCUGGCUGCCUACGUGGCCUUCGUCGCCUACCUGAUCUGGACCUGCAGCAUCGCGCAUGGAGCCCGAUUCCUGGCCCGGGGCCACCACGGCCGGUUCAGCUUCGGCGUCUCCCUCGACCAGCCGGGGCUGGCAGGGACCCGGUAA